AUGUUUCCGCCGUAUGCUACACCCGAGCCCGACAUUAACGACCAAUAUCAACCUCAAGGCACUCCCUACAACAAGCCGGUGGCCAACUUUACCUGGGCUAUGCCAGACAGUCUCGGCCCCAUCAACACCAACAACCUCUCACAGUAUGGAUACACUUCUGCUGAAUCGCCCUUGGUCAUGAGUGCCUCGUCCAAUGGCUACCCAAGCGCAGAUCUGGCUCUUCUAAGUCGAUCCAACUUUAAUCCCCAAACCAACUUCCUAGCAGGCGCUGAAUGGUCAUGGCCAAACACACAACAUGGAUCAUACUCCCAAUCACUCGUUCCUACAGGCACUCCCCAUGCUAGAGAAGUCCUGGCCAAGUUGCGGACUUGCAUUCACCUGUUUCUCAGCACCAGGCAAAUACUACGGAACGUUCGCCAAAAGAACCGGCGACACAGUGCUUCAGACUGCCACCCAUGGAUUACUGGUCCUAAAAACGUCAGCUACCCUGUCCCGACUCUAAAUACGUCCGGUUCGGACCUUGGGGUCUUGGGCAACCUAUCAAAUGAACAGCAAGCCAACUUGCUCAACUUUCCCGACUACACUGGCUAUACCGACUGUGCGUGGCCGAACAAUGCCCUGUGCGUAUUUGGUAGUGGUGAUAAUAAUCUAUUAUUACCGCCACAAGAACGAAUACCUCGGAGAAUAACAGAACUUCAUGAAGACGAUGGGGUUCCUCGUAUGGAGCGAGGGCUUCCCGAUUUAACGAUCAAACCCAAUGCUUCUAAGAAUGCUCAACCCCGAACUCGGCGAAAAGUCUCCAAUCUGAAGCAGUCUAAAAAGCGUCCCAUUGCGUGCGUGGACGUUGAAGGAUCUUCAGAUGACGACACCGACGAGGGAGUCAAGGAUAAGAAGCGACCCAAGGGGUCUCCGACAGGAACACUCUUUGCAUGCCCUUUCUACAAGCAUGACCCAGUCAAGUAUAAAAAUUCAAGAAGCUGCGUCGGUCCUGGGUGGAGGUCAGUUCAUAGGGUCAAGGAGCAUAUUUUUCGGAGCCACAAGCUUCCUGAGCAUCAGUGCCCUCGCUGUUUCGAAUCAUUUGAAACCGACAGGGCCCUUUCUGAGCAUUCACGGUCGCAUGUUCAGUGCCAGCUCCUAAGCGGCUUUGCGCAGGAAGGCAUCAACGCAAGUCAGGAGAAGCUACUGCACGUCAGGGCCAAGAAAAACAAUGCCGCUUCUCAUGUUGAAAAGGUUGAGGUUGAGGAGGAUAGAUGGAGCGAGAUGUACAAAAUCAUCUUUCCAGAUGAGGAGCAGCCCUCCUCACCGUACUACAACCGCGCCCAGCUAACGAUUGACGAAUUUGGAAAAAGCAUCAUGGAUGAUUUCAACCAACGUCUAUCAGCCAAGGCCAGCUGUUUGGGCAUACAGCCGUCUCAUCUGAUACCACUCUUUAGUGUGCUCCAGGAGAGUGUACGGUCUGUUCAGCAGGGCGGUGCAAAUUCCAACAACCAGCAAUCCCAGUUGACUGCUGUCCAACCCCAACUAUCGCAGCCGAGUGUGUUUGCAGGAUCACAGUUUUCAGCCAUUGGCAACGAUAUUGUAGUCGAUGACCAGUUCAUGGCCCAGAUGUUAUCCGAUCCUACUUUGGGCAUUAGCCAGACAGGUUGUUGGAAUACUUUGUGA